AUGUAUAACGUGCUUGCGAUGAACAACCUAAAUUAAGUGCAUCAGCAAAUGCAAGCAACUAUUUCAUUUGUUACACAGAGUUAUUAUGCAAUAUAACUCUUGGCCCUUAUUACUUUCCAAAUACUGAUUGCACUUUCAAUGGUUAAACUAGAGUGUAAAUUUGGUCAAAUAUUUUCGAGUAUUCAUCAUGGGCUUGGUACAAAGAAAAACCUUAAAAUUUAACUUUUAUCUCAAUGA